AUGCCCUCAUCCUCCUGCCUCUGCGGCUCCAACCUCAUCUCCUACACCGGCACCCCCACCCUCAAAUUCCGCUGCCACUGCACCGACGAACGCAAACUCACCGGCGCCGCCUUCGCCCUGAACGUGCUCUGGCCGAGCACCACCCUCUCCGUGGUAUCCGGCGCCCUCAAAGUCUGGGGCAAGGACGUCGAGAACGGGAACACGAUCUCCAAUCACUCGUGCGGCGAGUGCGGGAGUCUGCUGUAUCGUACCAGCACGGGCUAUCCGGGGAUGAUGGUCCUCAAGGCCGGGUGUAUGGAUGAUGGUGUUGAGGCGACGAAGGAGUUUGUGCCUGAGGUGGAGAUUUACACCAGGAGUAGAGCGCCGUGGGUUCCGGCGGUGGAGGGCUCGGUGCAGGAGUGGGCGGGGUUUGGAUCUGGUGCUGAAGGGGUGGCUCAGAAGUGA